AUGUUUGGGAUAGGGGAGACAAUCGGUAUCAAAGUAAAGCCCUCUGAAGUGCGAUUGAAGAAAGAGGACGAUCUGGACUAUAUGUGGCAGAUAGACGACCCUUCCUUGGAGCAUCUUUUUCAAAAGCAUCUGAGCAAGCACUCAGUGGGGGCUUAUAUGCAGCUCCAAAGAGAAGUUGGUAAGACAUUCCGUGCUAUUCGUCCUGAGCGGGAAGUUAAAAGACAGAUUGAGCUUGAGCUCAUUGCUAGUUUACAAGCAAAAAAUCUGAAUCUCACGGAGAGAUUGAGGUCAGCUGAAAAUGAAGCUAGCUAUCACGAAGCAAGUGCUAGAGAUGCACAGAAGGAGAUCGGAAACCAAAGAUCAAUUAUACAAGAAGCUACUAUGACCAUUGAUCGCCAGCAGCAGGAAAUCUCCAACUGGAUCGCUCUCUCUGAGUGGUAUCAGACUAGAUCCAUCCAGUGUUCUGAUGCUUUAGGCCAGCUGAUGGUAUUUCUACAAGGUGCUACGCCUGAAAAUACGGAGUGA